CACCAAGCGGUGAUGGCGUAAACCCCAGUGGCACACUCCAAAGGUGGCCGGGUGCUAGCAGAUGUGGUGAAAAUGCAUGUCUGGUCUACCAACAAGCAGCAGGAAGCGGGGGAGGGUAAAGAGGAGGAGCAGAAGCAGAGCUGGAGCACAGGAGGGAAAGGGGAAGCACAACAGUCUGCGUUCCGCACCGUGCCCGCUGAAAGGACGAUGGCAGUGCUCAAAGAACGUGGCUGGGAGCCUGCCCGAGCGGGCGGCCCAGGGAGUCUCUUGGAACGCCUCUCUCUGAGCACCGACUUCAGCUGGCUCCCCGCCGCCCCACGAAUCCAGGGCAGUCGCUCGGGCUGCGUGGCUCGAGCCAGGGCGAGGCGAGGCGGAGCGAUGUGGAGCCCCAUUGGAAAGCCCCAGGGGGUCUUGUACACCACCGCUCGAGGCGUGCCGUGGACGCCGCUGCGUGCAACCGAGCCGUUCUCCCAGCAGCGUCGGCCCACGACAGCCGCGGCCAGCCUGCGCCCCGUCCGUGGAGGCGCGCCUCCUGGGGCCCUGACGGCGCGGCUCCCGGCAGGCUACGGGCGCGGGCCCCGCGCGGCGCGCGCGAGCGGCGCUCCGACUCCGCGAGGGGUGCCCCCUCGGCGGCGUCGGGACGGGGGCUUCGAGAGUCUG